GGGCGGCUCGGGGGGGCCGGCAGCUCCCUGCCCCGCGCCCCACCCCUCCGUCUCAGCACCCAGAUAAGAGCGGCUGCCGGCAGCACCCAUUUCCCGGUGCGCGGCGUGGGUGGGAGAGCUGGCCGGGACCAUGGCCGUGGCGACGGUGAACCUCCGCGCCGUGACCUCCUGGGUGGGCAUCGCCCGGCUCUUUGCCAUCGUGCUGUCCUGCAUCGCCUUCAGCUUGGUGGCCUCCACCAGGGACUUCAUGGGUCCCUACGGGACGUGGUGCAUGUUCACCUGGUGCUUCUGCUUCGCCGUGACGCUGCUGGUGCUGGUGCUGGAGCUGCUGGAGCUCUACCCCAAGCUGCCGCUCUCCUGGGACGACUUCACCUCGGCUUUCUCCAUGCUGGCAGCGUUGAUGGUCUUCACCACCUCGGUGGUCUUCCCCUCAACCUUCAUCAGCAGCCCCUGCAGCAGCAGCAAGUGUGCCCGGCAGGCCGUGGCCACCACCGCCUCCUGCCUCUGCUUCCUUGCCUACGCCCUCGAGGUGGGGCUCACCCGCGCCAAGCCAGGGGACAUCAGCAGCUUCCUCUCCACCGUGCCGGGGCUCCUCAAGGUCUUUGAGGCGUACGUGGCUUGUCUCAUCUUCUCCCUGCUGGAUACCUACAGUUCGGAAGCCGGCCUGCAGUGGUGCGUGGCCGUCUACUCCCUCUGCUUCAUCGUCACCCUCCUCAUCAUCAUCUUCACCAUCGGCCGGUGCCUCACCUACAUGCCUUGCCCGCUGGAGAAGAUGCUGGUGGGCUACAAUGCCGUGGCCCUGGUGAUGUACAUCACCGCCACCGUCCUCUGGCCCCUCUACAGCUUCAGGGGGAGGAACCGCCCUGACCCCUGCGGCAGGAACUGCUGGUGGGACAAGCACCUGGGGGUCACCUUCCUCACCAUCUUCAACCUCAUCGCCUACUUGGUGGACCUGAUCUACUCUACCAGGAUGGUCUUCGUCAGGGCACCUCCCUAAGGGCUCCGGGUGACCCCGGUGGGGCGAGCGGUGGUGGGACGCGGUUGGGUGCUGGCGCGGGGCUGCCGGCGGAGCUGAGGAAGAGGCCAGACGCCUCGGAAAGCUCCUUCUCCCCACGCUGGAGCAGAGAGCCGUGGGGUGCUCCUGGGGGUGUGCUCAGCCUGGUGCCCCACGGGCUGCCUGGCUGGGGGGACCAGGGGGCCCGGGAGGAGCACACCAGCGUGCUCCUGAAACCCUGGAGCUGGGGGGGCUUUGGGAUAUUAAAUUGGGUCAUUUUUCACUUG